AAGGUAAUGCAGCCCCGGCGGCAGCCCCGCACCAUUUCCAAGGCAGGAAGGCGCGCUUGCUUCUAUGGGGCUCCGGACCCGUCCUUGGGAAGCUGGGGCUCUUCAGGAAGGAAGGCUGCCGGCGGGCCCGGCCUGCUGCUCGGCCCGGAGCGGGGACUCUGCGGCGCAGCCCCGGCACAAGAGCCCAGCGGGGAAGCCCGGGAGUUGCCAUAGAGACUCGCGGCGCAAGCAAGACGUGAGCUCCCUUCUGCCGAGCCGGAGCGAGAGGAGUUAAUGGGCUGACCCACAAAAUCUUCUCCGGAGAGGCGAGCGGACCCAGAGCGAGUUCCGAGCGGAGCCGCACCGAGGGCGCCUUCGAGCGGGCCAUGCCGCCCGCCGGCCCCCCUGGCGCUCCGCGUCGCCUCCGGAUCCCCCGACGGGGCAGCUGAUCCAUGUCCGCCCAAGUUCCGCGGCGUCGGGUCUUCGCUCUUCCGCGGCCGAGGGGCCUCCGGAGACGCCUGAAGCGCCUGUUGCUCGGCAGUUGGAGGCAGGCAAAGUCGGCCGGGCUGGAGAGGGAGCCCGGGGAGCCUGGAUGCGGAGCCGACGGGCGCCGGAGCCUUGGCGGGGCAGCCGAAAGGCACGCGCGGACGCACCGCCGGAGCGCGCCAGCCGGGCCGAGGGCUGAGGAAGCCAGCCAGCUGCCACCCCCGGACCCCUCGGCCGGCUCCUAUGGGCACCAAACACUCUUCGCGCUGCCUGCUCCUCAGGAGGAAAAUGGCGGAAAGCGCGGCGGCGGAGAACACCGAGGUGAGAAAGCGGGCGACGCGCACCCCCCCCCCCGGCCCCUUGGCAGGCGCCCACCUGAGCGCGCCCCGGAGCCCGGCGUCGCCGGCGCCCAGCCUCGGCUCCCCGGCCGGCGAAGGAAGGGCAGCGCCGCGGAGACGGGCACCUCUCGUCUUCCCUCCGGCCCCUCGCCGAGGGGUCCGCCGGGGCUUUUCCCUGCCCGGGGGCGCGCGGGGCUGACUCCUUCUUGCGCGGAGCGGUAGCGGAGGGUCUCCCGGCCGGCCGGCAGGACCACCUUCUCCCAGCCCGGCCGGGGCUCCCUCCUCUCCGGCUCCUUCCCGGGCCGGACACCUCGGGCUGCUCUCCAGCGCCUCCGGCCGCGCGGCUGCCUGGAGCGGAGCGGCGAGGGCAGGAUGCAGCCCGCAGUGCCCGGCGGAGCUGGCCCGGGCGCCGCAGAGGGAGCGAGCGGCGGGGCGCGCGAUCGGGUCGGGUCGGUCGGCUCCACGUGGCGAAGCAGCCUCGCCGCGGAGUCGGAAACUCUUUGGGGCGGGAAGGGCCUUCCCGGGAGUCGGGGCUGCGCGCAGGCGGGCGCCCGAGGAGCCCACGUCCCUUUCCGUCCGCAGCUUGUACGCCGGCCGGGCUCCCCUCCCCGAAGACUUUCGACCGGCCGCGCGUUUGGCCAGGCUCGCGCAGGGCGCUGACCUACUUUGCCUGGGUCUCGGCUCUUGCGGGGGGAGGAGGGUGUCCUGGAAAUGUUUAAUUCCCCCGCAUCGCAAUCUGCCUCCAAUCUGAGCUCCACAACUCUUCGCCUACGUGCAAGAAAGAUUUCUAAAUGCGCCUGAACGCAAGGCGGCUGGAAUGAUCUCAAAGGAGAAUGAUUAAAGCAAAAAAAAAAAAAAUCGAGGCGGGAGCCACAUGGCAGGUGCUGCAUGGAAGCUCCUGCAAACACUUUGUGAGGGAGACGAUGCUAAAAACAGCACCCGGCGGGCGGAGCAUCUGCAAAGUGCCGGAGGAGCAGCGCGCCGCGCCGCCUGCAACUGGGGUUCGAAUGAAGGUCACAGCCUCGCUGGUUGUUUUACCUAAGAUGAGAUCCUUGAAGGUGGGGGAGCGUAUUAGCUGAGACCUUAAACUUUAAUUAUUUGAACCACGUUAUGUUCUCCCAUCCUCCUCCUCCUCACCCUGUGAAGGCAGGUAGAAAAUUUUCAGCUUGGAAACGGAAAGCAAUGAGUUUGCCCUCCGUAGGCUGCAUCCAGAUGACCUGUGGUAGCCAGGUAGAACCUCCAUGUUCAAAACAACAUGCCCCAGAAUACCAGGUGAUGGUUGUGAUCUGUUUGGCUGCAAAGAUUUCUGCUUAGAUUCCGCAGGCUCUUCUCAUAUUGAAAUUAAAUGUUUGCUAAAGGGAGAGUAACAUUAUAAACUAAUUAAAAAUGGGUAGCUAUUCUCUACUGAAGAUAGAGUUAACAAGUUUAUCUCUUACAACAUAUCCGUAGUUCUUACCUUACUAACUCUAUGUUAUAACCCACCCUCUUCUGUUGUGAAGUUAAGGCGUUCAAGGGUGCUUCUGCAAGUAUCAAAUCUCACCUUAACCAUAAACUCACUGAUGACUGAUCGCUUUUGUUACUUCAGUCCAGUGCCGUGCGGUCAUUGGACUAAGGGACUAGGCUAGUCUCCUAAAUGUUCCCCUGGUCCCUCCUUCCCUGUCCCGGGAAGCCUCUGCCCUGCUUAGGGAGGGAGGUGCGAUGCUCAUUAGGACGUCACAACGUCACACGCAUGACACCGACUCCCCAUGCCUCUCACAAGCUAGCACCUCUGGUCCUAACUGUUCCCUAUGAAAAAUUUCACCACACACCACUGCUUCAGUCAUUGUUUGAAGAAACUUCAAACAUCUCUGUUUGAAUAAAUAUUGUUUAAGAAUGAGUAAGAAAUUAUGGUGGGUCUGUCAAGCCUAUAUUUGUUAACUUGGACCUAACACCUACAUUUAAUGUUAUCUUCAAAUAAUUAUCUACUAAUGUAGUCUACUAUUGACCUCUGUCAGAUGAUGUAUCAGAUGCUUUAUGAUACUGCUUCUUUCAAAUUAAGACUACAGAAUCUGUUUUCUCACUGGUUAAACUUUAACUGCAUGCUGAGUCAACUUAUUGUCUUUUAUAACUGAUAUUUUCAGUGACCAACAAUGUACCUGCCAUUAAUUAGUCAUAAAGAUAAAAGAGGCAUAUUGUACCAAGGAAUUCCAUUAAUUAACAAACUUGAUAAUACUCUGGUUCAGCUUCAUAGAUUUGAUUUCUUCUGGUGACUAGCAAGUUGACAACUGGCGCUGUGGGUUUGCCGAUCAGAAGGUCGGCGGUUCAAAUCCCUGUGACUGGGUGAGCUCCUGUCAUUCGGUCCCAGCUCCUGCCAACCUAGCAGUUCGAAAGCACACAGUCCAAGUAGAUGAAUAGGUACCGCUCCGGCGGGAAGGUAAACAGUGUUUCCGUGCACUGCUCUGGUUCGCCAGAAGCUGCUUAGUCAUGCUGGCCACAUGACCCAGAAAAACUGUCUGCGGAAGCAGACAAACGCUGGCUCCCUCAGCCUUUAAAGCGAGAUGAGCACCUCAACCCCAGAGUCGUUCAUGACUGAACUUAACGGUCAGGGGUCCUUUACCUUUUUACCUUUACUGUCUAUUAUCUAAAAACUACCCUGUAAACAAGAACUAAUGAACUGAUGACUUAUUGAACUGAUAAGCAUUAGCAAUUGAUUUCCUGAAUAACUGAUAACCAAUGACUGAUGACUAUUUUGAUAGUGAUUACUAACUAUUAACAAGCGCAGAUGGGUAUCAUUGAUGUUUGAUCUUGUUAGACUGACCUGCUUCUUCAAGGGGAGUGCAGCCUUAAUCCAGGGAAGGUGUCCUUUGCAACUCAUGGACCCCCCAUGAAGCCACCCUCCUGCUUGGAUUCACAUCCAGGCAGUGGUCUUCUUUUCCUGAUUCUGAUGGUGUGGAGGGGUAAAGCUGGUGUCAUCAGCAUUGGGGGGCACCUCAGUCCAAAUUCCCUGAUUUGGCAUCAUCUCAAAAUGGCUUCAUAUAAGUAGCAUGGGGAACAGUAACACUGCUCUGCUGGCCAUAUGACAGAAAGCCAUUGACUACAUGAAAUAAUUGCUAGAGGAUGCAGGUGGUGGAGAAAUAAGUUUCCCUUAUCAUUUCUUCCACAAUAAUACACUGUUAACCCAUAUUCAGUCAGACUCAGCUUUGUACCACUGCGUUCCCGUAGUCACCCUUCCUCCUUCAUCACAUACACGUCUCCGAGUACUUCAUGGUGUUGGCAAGGAUACCCAGGAACAAUUGCAUUGAAGGCCUACACAUCUCACGAUUCCCACAGUAAGAGAACGGCCUCAACAGGAGUGCCAGCUGUAUCGGCUAGAAAAUUCUUCAGAGCAUUCAGGAAACAACCUGAUUCUACAAUUCUCCAGGGCAGACUAUCUCAAUGGGUCUCCUCCUCUGCACAGGCAGAGAGGUGCAUCCAGCCCAGACCUCACCAGGGAAUCAUUUGUCCAUGACCGUGUGCUCAAAUCAGCUUUGUUGCAAAAAUCAGGUCAUGUUCUGCCAUAUUGGGACAGCCCUGUGGUUCUCAUGGAGGCCAUUAAGUCCUAAGCCAGAGCACUGAGGCCGCCUGGAGAUGAAUGUAGAAUUCUCCCAACAGAUUAAAAAUGGUCUAUACAGGCCAUGGCUCUCAUCCACUGAAAUUCUAAGGAAUAUAUUAAAUCUAAAUUAGAUCUAUUCUAGAUAUGAGUUUUCUCUUCUGAUGUGUGUGCAGAAGAGUGGCUAGGACUUAUGAGUGUUUUACAGCCUAUAUUUCCAUACUUUGCUGCGUAUUUUGUGAUUUUAAAUCUCUGCUGUUCUCUCACGACAGAGUGAGAAUUUCCAUAAUUCUUCUUCUUUUCUAGGUUGGCAGUGGUCCUUCCCCACCCAUUCAGCCUCCAGCUGUUCCAAAGCCUGUCCAAUCCACCAUUCCUGUUCCAGGCAGAGGAAAAAUAGCAAAAUUCCUCAAUCCAGAAGAGAUGACAUCAAGGGAUUAUUACUUUGAUUCAUAUGCCCACUUUGGAAUUCAUGAGGUAAUCCCUUAAAAAAACACUACCGUAUUGGCUCGAAUAUAAGCCGCACCCGCAAAUAAGCCGCACCUUUAAAAUUCAAGGUUUAUUUGUAGGUGCGACCCAUCUCCUGGCACUACCGCCUCCCAGCACUACUCCCCCCACAGCCGGCAGCGGGGUAGGCUUGGGAGCAGCGGGCUGGCUGUGCACUGCUGUCCCGCACUCCCAGGCUGCUCUGGGGGGGGGGGGAACCAUGCCACUUUUAUGUAGUUAUAUGUAAUAAAUAUUACAGUGAUCAAAAUCAAGAAGGGUCAAGGACUUAUAUUUAAAAAAAUGGAAUUCCCAAGGUCUAGUUGUACCUCAGUCCCUCAUACAUGAAUUUGUAUGUGUGUAUAACGCGGGUGGCGCUGUGGGUAAAACCUCAGCGCCUAGGACUUGCCGAUCGCAUGGUCGGCGGUUCGAAUCCCCGCGGCGGGGUGCGCUCCCAUCGUUCGGUCCCAGCGCCUGCCAACCUAGCAGUUUGAAAGCACCCCCAGGUGCAAGUAGAUAAAUAGGGACCGCUUACCAGCGGGAAGGUAAAUGGCGUUCCGUGUGCUGCGCUGGCUCGCCAGAUGCAGCUUGUCACACUGGCCACGUGACCUGGAAGUGUCUGCGGACAGCGCUGGCUCCCGGCCUAUAGAGUGAGAUGAGCGCACAACCCUAGAGUCUGGCAAGACUGGCCCGUACAGGCAGGGGUACCUUUACCUUUAUAAUGCUUUGAUUAAUAAUAAUAAUAAUAAUAAUAAUUAUAAUUAUAAUUAUACCCCGCCCAUCUGGGCGGCUUCCAACAAAGUAUUAAAAUACAGUAAUCCAUCAAACAUUAAAAGCUUCCCUAAACAGGGCUGCCUUCAGAUGUCUUCUAAAAGUCUGGUAGUUGUUGUUCUCUUUGACAUCUGGUGGGAGGGUGUUACACAGGGCAGGUGCCACUACCAAGAAGGCCCUCUGCCUGGUUCUCUGUGACAUGUAAAAUUUGGUGGAGAUUUCAGGCAGCAUCACCUUUGAUGUAGUGGCUGAGAGAUGUAGCCUGCAGGCCACCAGCUCACCAUCACCAAUAGCCAGUUUAAAAUGUGACACACAUUUGAAGCAGGUCCUCAGGCGCAGGGAAGUAGUUGAGCAGGUGGAACUCACCCUGCCUUAUCUUGAAAAUGUAUUAGCCAUCAGCUCCACCCUCUAACCAACUGAACUAUCUACAGCGGCACUGUUAGCUGCUUUAACUAUAUAGCUAAAAUGGCUGCAAAACUUUGCUCAGAAACUUCCACUUGCCUAAUUCCAUGUUAGAUCAAACAAUAGAUAGUACGGAUAAUUGAACAGUGAUUUAUCUGAUGUUGUUCAUGUUACUGUGGAACGUGAGCAAGGGAUGGACUAAACGACCUCCAAGAUAUAGCUGCAAAAUCCACGAAUCUGUGCAAAGUUCCAAGUGUUUUCUCCCCAAAGUUGAGAACAUUUUUGCUAGCUAAAACAUAUGAUGAUUUUUAAAAAUGGAACACAAGUAAAUCAUGUAUUUUCAAGUAAACAUAUGGUGCCUUUUUCUAACACAGGAAAUGUUGAAGGAUGAGGUGCGCACAUUAACGUACAGGAACUCCAUGUAUCAUAAUAAACAUGUUUUUAAGGAUAAGAUUGUAUUGGAUGUUGGAAGUGGCACAGGAAUCCUUUCAAUGUUUGCAGCAAAGGCAGGAGCCAAGAAAGUUUAUGGGGUAAGAAGAGCAUUUUCUGAAAAAUCCCGUCACAUUUGCAUGUAUAUUUUUGCAGCUUUGUAGCAGCGUUGCCAACUUUUGAUUUUAAAAAUUUAGAUGCCCACAGUGAAGUUCAAUGGACUCUGACUAGUCAGGAUAUGGAGCCAGGCAAAAUGUUCUGGCAAUCAAUCAAAAUGUCUGGCUUUUAUAUUACAAAUUCUAGCAAUUGGCCCAAAAAUCAGCCAGGUCAGUUCCCCUCCCCCAACCAAGUUGGCAACCCUACUUAGAAAGGAUCUGCACUAGAUAUUCUUUCCAUCUUGGUGUCAUUCUCAUCCAUUUCUUUUCUUGCUACAUGUCACUUCUUUUGUGUGUUUUCUUUUGUGUGUUUUUUCCAAAGUCCCACAAUUUGCAACAGGGCCUACCGACAAGGAAAUGUGCAUAGGAUUGUACCUACAGAUAAUUCCUUUGGCUCUUUUCAGCCACAUGGUGUGUCCUAAUAUCUGUGAGGUUGGAGUCAGACAUUUGUUUAGUGGUAAACAAGGUGACUCAAGUUGAAUAAGUUCCCCUCACAAUUUCUAACAUGGCAGCUGCAUAUUGAGAUUGUGACUCUGCACUUCCUGGUUCAGAUUCCUUUGAAAUAUUUUCUGGAAAUUGAUGAGAAUUAGAUCUGCCAGUGUUAAGUUGUGGGUGAACAUAUCAGACGACACAGCGAUUCUUCAAACAGCUCUUCUUUAUUCAGAGGCCAGAACUGAACUGAACUGAAGGGCUCAGUCAGCCUGCUUAUAUAGAGCUCCAGUACCACGUUACUGUAACUAUUUCCUAAAACUAUCCAAUCAUUGAACGUCACUUUCGAUCCUUCAUUUGCAUAACUAUCUACAGUAUCCCCCUGCUGGCCCAGGGUGAGAACUUCAGUACAUAACAGCCAGUCAGGCUGGAAGGGGGUGGGUUAGAAAAAUAUUUCACUGUGGAAAAGGGUGUCAGUAACUCUAGAGUGAUUUCUUGGGGAAGGUUCUAACCCCUCAUCAGAACUUUCUGACAGCCAGUCACUCUUCCCCCACACUUGGCGCUUUAUUUAUUUGGCUCUCUUCCAGACUAAGCUGAGCCAGAAGCAGCUUACGACAACAUCCAGGUAAUAUCAAAAUACAAAGCAUUUUGUAUUUCCUCCUGUCACUAACAUACACUGCCAAAGCACUAAUUUAAAAGAAGUUCACAUAAUAAAAAACAAACAAAAAGGGAUAAAUAUACAAUUAUCUACAUUAUGAAAAUACAGUAAUAGUAUAUAAGUGUGUUGUAAGCUGCCCAGAGUGGUGGCGCAACCCAGCCAGAUGGGUGAGGUAUACAUAAUAAAAUUAUUAAUGAUAGAAUAGUGAUAUAUAGUAAUAGUAUCAAUAAUAGUAAUAAUCAAUCAAUAAUAUGACAGUAAGUAAGUAAGUAGUAAGUAAAUUUUUAUUUAUACCCCUCCCUCCCCGGCCAAGACCGGGCUCAGGGCGGCUAACAUCAAAUGUUAAAUACAUUAAAACACAAUCAAACAAUUGAUUAAAAUAGUUUAAAAAUUAGAAUCAGGGUAAAAUUAAAUGACUGCCCACGAAUUACAACCAUAGGGGUCGGGAACCUCAAGUAUUCAUCAGGGCCAGCUAUCCAUGUUGGUCCCACAUGACCCGAUAAAAGAGGUAACUUACAGGGUUCCAUAGAGGGGGGUCAAACUGCGCCCGAACCAACGGCCAGGCGGAACAGCUCCGUCUGCGGAAGGAUGUAAAGUCCUGCAGGGCCCUGGUCUCCUAUGAUAAAGCAUUCCACCAGGCUGGGGCCAAAGCCGAAAAGGCCUUGGUCCUGGUCGAGUUUAACCUCCUUGAGGCCCGGGACCUCCAAGAUAUUAUUAUUUGCGGACUGUAAGGUCCUCCAUGGGGAAUACCAGGAGAGGCAGUCCCGUAUUAUGAGGGUCGUAGGCCGUAUAGGGCUUUAAAGGUUAAAACCAGCACCUUAAACCUGACCCUGUACUCCACUGGGAGCCAGUGCAGCUGGUAUAGCACCGGGUGAAUGUGAUCUUGCAGCGAGGACCCCAUAAGGAGCCUUGCCGCGGCUUUCUGCACCAGCUGGAAUUUCUGGGUCAGUCUCAAGGGCAGCCCCACAUAGAGUGAGUUACAAUAAUCAAGGUGACCGUCACAUGGAUCACUGUGGCUAGAUCAGGGCGAGAAAGGUAAGAGACCAGCUGCUUAAUACAGCGGAGAUGGAAAAUGCCACCUUUGCUGUGGCUGCAACCUGCGCCUCCAUAGGGAGGGAGGCGUCAAGGUUAUACCCAAACUCCUAACAGAAGUGUUAUCAAACUAAAUACCUGUCACACAUUACUCAAAUACAGUGUCACACUUGGGUUUUCCAUUAAAAAUCCACUUGGUACAGAGACAGUGAGCAUGCUAACUCCCUCAGACUGAUCUAGAAACAAUGCUACAGUGUUGUCCAGAGGUAUUAGAAAGUGGGCCAGGUUCCAGGAAAAAUGGCCUUGGCAAGCCCCCCCGCCACUGAGCUCAAUGAGUUUUGACUAUAUACGAGUUUGGCCUUGGACACGAUCCCCGGAACGUAACCCCCACGCAAGUUGCAGGCUUACUGUAAGGAUAUUUUAGCUAGUCACCCACUUCCUGCAAUGUGGAAACAAGGAGCCCACCUAUGUUGAGUCAGACUGACCUAUUUCUUUGUUAAAUCCAGGCUAUAAAAUAUUUAAAAUAUUUAUGGCUAAUAGAUUUAAAACAUUUAUUGGUAGCUAUAUAAAGGGACGCGGGUGGCGCUGUGGGUUAAACCACAGAGCCUAGGGCUUGCCGAUUGGAAGGUCGGUGGUUUGAAUCCCCGCAACGGGGUGAGCUCCCGUUGUUCGGUCCCAGCUCCUGCCAACCUAGCAGUUCGAAAGCACAUCAAAGUGCAAGUAGAUAAAUAGGUACCGCUCCGGCUGGAAGGUAAACGGCGUUUCCUUGCGCUGCUCUGGUUCUCCAGAAGCUGCUUAGUCAUGCUGGCCACAUGACCCGGAAGGUGUCUGCAGACAAACGCCGGCUCCCUCGGCCAGUAAAGCGAGAUGAGCGCCACAACCCCAGAGUCGUCCACAACUGGACCUAACGGUCAGGGGUCCCUUUACCGUUAUAUAAAGGCAGCAACUGAUUUGUGAGGGGUUGUGUUCCAGACUCCCAUACUCGUUGGCAGGGCCUGUGUAAGCUGGCCCCGUUCUGCCCCCUUUUUGACUUUUUGGGUCACUUCCAGGGUUGGUAUGAUGCAUGCUUGCGGGGUUGCACACAUAUUGGACAAACCUAAAAUGAUCACUGGCUGUACGCUUCGACCAAUCUGGUUUUGUUCCAGGUCCAAUAAUUACUGAUCCAACAAGAAAAUGAUUAAACAUUCUUCAUUUUAGUAGAGAAAGGGAAUAUCAUCACCUUUAGCAAGUGUCUCACUUGAUAUAUUUUUAAGCAUUUGAAUGUGUAGAUCCAAAUUACCUAAUGGAAGUAGUUUAAAAAAUUGGAUUUGUAAAAAAAAAACUUGUAAAAACUUCUGGAAGGCAUAUAUGAUAGAAGACAGGCUGCAAUUAGAAUAAAUAAUUCAGAUUCUCCAAAAUGUGUUCUUAGUUGUGGAACGAAACAGACUGCUCUCUGUUGCCUCUGUUAUUUGUCUUAAUUUUAGAACCAUUAGCAAUUAAAUUACACAAUGGCCUCUCUGGUACGGGAGUGGUUAUAAAUGGAAGUGGUUAUAAAUGGAAAAGAACAAAAUUUAGGCCUCUAUGCACAUAAUAUAAUUUUAUGCACCUCUGACCCUAUUACAGCAGGCAACAUAUUAUGUACGGAAUUGGAGCAGUUCUCCAGGGUCUCCGGAUUGCAAGUUAAUUUUCAGAAAUCAGAGGUAAUGUCUUUUCAUACACCACUCCAUAUACACUUAAAACAAUGUUGAAGAGUCCAAUAGCUAGGAAAAGUUUUGGAUCGCUGGGGGUACAAAUGACCUAUAAUUUGAAUGUUAGUAUAAUUAUAGCACUGUUUGAAAAAACAUAUGUACAGAUACAUUGGAAUAAAAUGAGACUCUCCAUUACAGACAGACUGGCCACAUCCAAAAUUAUGAUUGCACCUUAAUUGCUCUUUUUCUUUCAAACGCUGCAAGGUUGAAUACCAAUAGCUCAUCUGAACAAUCAGCAGAAUUGGACCAACCACAUUUUUAAAAAUCUUUAUUGCCCAGUUGGGGCAUUCCAAACUUAAGUAACUAAGUAGCUAUUAUGAAGCAAUCCAACUUAAUCAUAUGGAAUUGAGGUCAUCCAGUAAGAGAACCCAGUUGUCAACACUGAAGGAUAUAGAAAUUGGAUGGUGUUCAAACAGGGGUAUUAGCAUUAAUGAAAAAUACGUUUUGAUAGUUGAGUUGGCUUGCUAAGCCUUAUACUCUUAUGUCAUUUAGAAUAUGGGGAAAAUGGGCAAAAGUUUUAGCCCCAGUACUGUCACUGUCACUUUAAGUUCAGUACAGCAUCUUCCUUUAUCUCAAAAUAAAAAUAGAUAAUAAAAUGUGAUUGUAUGGAAAGAAGACCAGUUAUAUUAUUUGAAAGGUUUUUAUAGCAAGGGACAACCUCUUACAGCAGCAGAGAUUACGUUUAGAAAAUAAUCAGAUUUUAUGGUUGUUAGGAUAUCAGUUUCCUACACAUAUACAAAUUUAAAAGGAUUAAUUAAAAAGGAAGCUAUGAGGAAACUAACAGAAUUUGAAAAGAUAAGAGGAAGCAUAAUGACUAAGGGAUUAAUUUCCCUUCUAUACAAAACCUUGAUUGAGAACCAGUUUUGAGAACAAAAUCUAAAAAACUGGUGAGAACUAAAUUGGGAUAUAAAUAUUGAUAAGGAUAAAUGCAACUAUCUGUGAACAAAAGCACCAUAUACAUCUCUGUCAGCAACUACUAGUAAAUGUUCACUAAAAAUUGUGCAUGGAUGGUGUUUCUUAUGUAAAGUCCAAUAGCUUCUUAUGUAAAGUCCAAUGGAGAGGAUACGAAAUUAUAGUACAUAUGAACACAUGUGAUGGGAAUGUCCACAAAUAGGGGAAAAAAUGGAAUUGUCUUUUAAGAGCUAUCUCAGAUUACAGCGCAGACAAUCCCAAUAACCCCAGCAUUAGCCUUGCUUAAUUUAUAUACUUCAGAUAUGCACCAAUUAAGAAGUAAGCAAUUAAUUACCGUAUUUUUCACCCUAUAGGAUGCACUUUUUCCCCUCCAAAAAAUGAAGGGGAAAUGUGUGUGCGUCCUAUGGGGCGAAUGCAGGCUUUCGCUGAAGCCUGGAGAGCGAGAGGCGUAGGUGCGCACCGACCCCUCUCGCUCUCCAGGCUUCAGGAAGCUCUCCGCAAGCCUUGGGAGCCCGCGGGAGUUCCCGCCGGGCUCCCUAGGCUUGCGGAUAGCAGCCUGUUCUGGGGGCUGGGGUCAGGGGAAGCUCGAGCUUCCCCCGCCCCAGCCCCGCGCCUGGGGGGGGAAAUAUUUUUUUUCCUCUCCCCCCCCCAAAAAAACUAGGUGCGCCCUAUGGGCCGGUGCUCCCUAUAGGGCGAAAAAUACGGUACACAUUUAUUAACAGCAACCAGAAUGGUAAUAGCCAGAACUUGGAAAACAUUGCCAUUACUGAAUAUAGAUCAUUGGUAUAAUAUAUUCUGGCAACAGACAUAAUGGAAAAGUUGUCACAAGAACUGAACAUGGCAAGGGCACAGAAAAAUAAAAUAAUGUUUACACUCUAUGGUAUGAUUGUAUUAACUAUACAAAUGAAAUAUUACAUGGAUGAGAAAUACCUAAAACAUAUACUGUAUUAUGGCAUGGAUAAGCAGGCAAUAUUCUUUAGUUCCAAUUUGAUUUAUUGAAUAAUCCAUUGAUUUUUUUUGUAAUCACCUCAUUAUUAUGUUUUGUAUUCUCCCUCCUAGUGAUUCAUUUUUUUUGUUAGUUUUGUCAUGGUUUAUUAUUUAUGUUUGUACAAAGAAAUUACAAUACAGUGGUACCUUGGUUUAAGAACAGUCCUGUUUACGAACAAUUCGGUUUACGAACUCCGCAGAACCGGAAGUAGUGUCCCGGUUUGCGAACUUUACCUUGGUCUAAGAACGGAAUCUGAGCGGUGGAAGGGCACCAGCAGUGGGAGGCCUCAUUAGGGAAAGUGCGCCUCGAUUUAAGAAUGGUUUUGGUUUAAGAACAGACUUCCGGAACAGAUUAUGUUUGUAAACUGAGGUACCACUGUAAUUGUUUCGUGAAUGCUUUGUUACUGAUUUACGGUAAUUAAAAUAUUAAAAUGAGAAAAAAUGAAAGAAGCAUAUCACAUUAUUUACUAAAGCACAGUUGGUCUAUGUUUGCACUACAGACUAAAAGAAGGUCCUCUAACAGAUUCCUCACUUCGCUAGCCAGUCAGCAAUUGCCGGAAGUCAUGAAGGAAGUCAUGAUACGAAACCAAGCUAUCAUUUUGGGGGUCUCAAAGGGUUGAACUGGGGUUCUUAAAGGGAUGGAAUGGGAAAUCAUGACUUCCGUGGCCCCAGAUCUGGAAAGAAGGUGGUUCAGUAUUGUGAUGGGAUGAUGAGCUGCUUGUGCGUAAAAUCGUAUCCCCUCAGAGUUUGUUCAAGUCCACAAACCUCUGUCUGUGACGGAGCCCCUCAGACAUGGCUCCUCUAGUCACUAGCAGAUUCCGACAGUGGUUGCUUUGGAAUCGCUUCCAACAUAAAAGCUCCUUAACGGAAACACGUCUUCUGGACUCUCUGCGUGUCAGUUUCCGGCGAGGAGUGGGUGUCCCUACAGGAGGUCCUGAAACCUCCCCACUGUUUUCGCUGGAAGUGUCUCUGAGCCAUCCCUCCAGCUCACUUUCCCUCAGCUCAGCUCCUCUCCCCUACUGGUUCCCUCUUCAGCUGCUGAGUCUCUCCCAACCUGUGUGAGCCCUUUCACCUCCCUUCCUUCCGAUGGCAGUUCCCUGACAUCCACCUCCCCUCCAGGGCCCCCUUCACCCCCUCUCGCACCCUCCUCUACGGGCGGUGAGGAGGCAAAACCCGGAAUGAACUUCCUUCAUCUUCCGAUGUCUCGAACACUUCUCUCCACCUGUUGCGGUUCCUGGUCUCGAAGUACUCCUCCUCCUCAGAGUCCAUCUCCCCUUCCCCUUCCGAGUCCGGGAAGCCUUCCAACUCCUCCUCCUCAUCAGUGGUCCCAAAGUAUUCCCUCCGGAACCUCUCCACAGGCUGAGGUUUCCUUGGGAACCUUUGAUGGAACGUUUCUAUCAAUACCUCGUCAUUGAUAUCUUCGGCCAUUACCCAAGUGUUUUCUGACUCCGGUUCUCCUUCCCACGCUACCAAAUACUCCACCUGAUUCCCCUUCCACCUGGCGUCGAGGAUUUCUGCCACAUGGCUGCUGCAUUCUCUUUCUUCUAUGACCGGUCCCCGAGUGGCCAUCCCUUCUCGUCCCCCUUCGUACGAUGACAGUAACGACCUGUGAAAUACUGGGUGCAGUUUCAUGUGGUUGGGUAACCGGAGCCUGAAAGCCACUGGGUUGACCUGUUGAAUGACCUCAAAGGGACCCAACCUCCUGGGUCUUAAUUUCUUACAACCUCCUUUGAACGGCAACCCUUGGGUUGACAGCCACACCCUAUCUCCCACCCUUAUGGUUUCACCUUCCCUUCGGUUCUUGUCUGCUUGCCUCUUGUAUUCUUCCUUCGCCCUUUCUAAGUUGAGUUGGAGCUGACAAUGGAUUGCUUCCAUUUCUUCUACAAAAUGCUCGGCUGCCGGGACGCUCCAUCUCUCCCCAUCUCCACCUGGGAAAGCCCUGGGAUGACACCCAUAAUUAGCCAAGAAGGGGCUCAUCCCUGUGGACACAUUCUCGGCAUUGUUGUAGGCAAAUUCCGCCAGCGCCAACUUUUCUACCCAGUCAUUCUCUCUGUCAUUGACAUAACACCUCAGGUAUUGCUGGAGGACACCGUUUGCUCUUUCCGCCUGCCCGUUGGUUUCAGGGUGCCGGGCAGUCGAAAAAUUGACCUCCACCUGCAGUAAGCUCAUGAGCUUCCUCCAGAACCUGGAAGUAAAUUGUUUUCCUCGGUCUGAGACCACCCUCAAUGGCACCCCGUGCAACCUAAAAAUGUGUUCUACAAAUAACUUCGCUGUCUCUUCCGCUGUGACUGCAUGCGAGCAAGCUACAAAAUGGCACAUCUUUGUUAGUAGGUCCACCACCACCAUGAUGGCUGUUUUCCCUUUGGACUUCGGCAGAUCAGUCAUAAAAUCUAUCGACACUGCCUCCCAAGGUCGUUCUGGGGUUGGUAAGGGUUCUAAUAGCCCCGCCGGCGCCCGCCUUUCCCCUUUGGCUCGCUGGCAUUGCUCGCACCCUCUUACAUACUCACGUACAUCUUCCCUCACCUUGGGCCACCAAAAUUCCCUGGUGACCAACCACAUGGUUUUGUGUUGUCCAAAAUGCCCCGCCGUAGGGCUGUCGUGCAACUGCUUGAGUACCCUCCCCUUAAGUCUCCUUCAGGGAUAUACAGUGCCCCUUUGUAAUACAAAGCUCCAUUUCUUUCCUCGAAACCCCUGGUUCCUCUCCCUCACCCCUAAGACCUCUGAGCUUAUUCUGGGCGUAUUCAUCAUUCUCUGUUUCCUCUACCAGUUCUCUUUGUCCCACCAAUGCCGCCCCACACACCCAGCGGUCCUCUGGAAUGACAUGUCUCUCUUCGGUGCUCCCUCCCCUCCAAAUAUUCAGGUUUGCGUGAGAGAGCGUCCGCCCUAAUGUUCUCUGGGCCUGGCACGUAACAAAUCUCAAAGUUAAAUUUGGAGAACUCCUGGGCCCAUCUCACUUGCCGUUGGUUGAGCACUCGUGCCGUCCUCCAAUACUCUAGGUUCUUGUGGUCAGUGCACACUUGCACCUUAUGUUGUGCGCCAAUUAGCAGGUGCCUCCAUCUCCGGAACGCCUCAUGAAUGGCUAGUAGUUCUCGGUCAUACACCGUGUAGUUCCUCUCGGAUUUGUUCAGCUUUCGCGAAAAAAGGCACACGGUCUCCACUCUGACUCCUCCUUCCCUGGCUGCAGAAGCACCGCCCCAAUCGCUCUGUCUGAUGCGUCAGUUUCCACUCUCAUCGGUUUUUGUAAAUCCACAUGCAGGAGUUGUUGUUCCGAGGCGAAGGCCCCUUUAGUUCCUCAAAUGCUCGCUCCGCCUCCUCAGUCCAAACGAACUUCUUCUUACUGCUGAGACAGUCCGUAAUGGGCGCCGUCAGGUGGGCAAAGUUUCGGAUGAACUUACGAUAGAAGUUCCCAAAUCCUAGGAACCUCUGCACAUCCUUCCUUGUUUUGGGUGUUUUCCAUUCCAGCACCGCCUGGACCUUGCCGGGAUCCAUGGCCAAUCCCUUGUCUGACAGGCGAUACCCCAGGAAUUCCACCUCCUUGGUAUGAAACUGACACUUCUCCAGUUUCACCCACAGCUGGUUGGCUUGCAGCCUGCUCAACACUUCUCUGACGUCUCUCACAUGCUGCUCCUCAUUCUCAGAAUACACCAACACGUCGUCUAAGAAGGCCACACAAUUCUUGUAAAGCAAAGGCCCCAGGACGUGGUUCAUAAACGAUUGAAAGCAUGCGGAGCCCGCUUGGAGGCCGAAGGGCAUAACCAAAUAUUCAAAUGCCCCUAAAGGGGUGAACAUGGUGGUUUUCCAUUCAUCACCCUUCCUUAUUCGUAUCAGGUUGUACGCCCCCCUUAGGUCCAGCUUUGUGAAAAUCUUUCCCUUCCGCACCCUUGUCAAAAUGUCGUCAAUCCUGGGCAUAGGGAAGGCCACUGGUUCUGACACUGCAUUUAAGGCCCUGAAGUCACACACCAGCCUCGGCUUGUUCGUGUUUUUAUCCACAAAAACACUGGGCUGCCCCCACCGCCCUGGACUCUCUGAUGAACCCUCUCUUCAGGUUCUUGUCAAUGAACUCUCUUAGCUCCUGCAUCUCUCUGUCUGACAUGGCGUACAGCUUGCCUACAGGGAGCUGUGCCCCAGGGAGUAAAUUGAUUUGACAGUCAAAGGGUCGCUGCGGGGGUAGUUGGUCAGCUUCCCUUUCGCUGAAGACGUCACGGAGAUCUGCAUAUUGUCGUGGUACCUUCCCGUUCUCCGUUACUUCAGUCCCUGCUAGGGUGGCUUGGGCCCCUGCCAAACCCUUUCCCUCUUUGCAGUGUUCUAAGCAAUGUGCUGAACCAAAAGAAACCACUCUCUGAUGCCAGCCCACCAGCGGAUCAUGUAACGCUAGCCAGCUCAUCCCCAAUAUAAUGGGAGCUCCUCCCAAGGUGGCCACAUUAAACGCUAUCAGUUCGGUGUGCCUGGCUACCUUCAUUAUCAUUGGGACGGUCUGCAAGCUGACUUCUCCUCCCAACAGCUCCCUGCCAUCGAUCGUGGUCACCUGCAGGGGGUUGCUUAAAGGGAUCGUCUGUAUCUGGUGUUCAGCUGCAAACUCUUUGCUCAUGAAAUUGCAGGAGCUGCCUGAGUCCAACAGCGCCUUUAUCUUUAGAGGGUGUCCGUUUGGCAGCUCUAGCGUCACUUCUAUCACUAGGGCGGGUUUAGGAGGUUCUGGCGUGGGCACUCUCACUGCUCUUUGGCCUGGCUGCUGUGCCCCGACAGUGGCAGCCAGGCGUUGGCUUUACUUGCUCCGGUAUUUCUUCCUCUCUUCCCUCCACAGCUCCUACCAUCCCUUGCCAUUCCUUCCUCUGGGGGCAGACUCUGGCAAAGUGACCUGGCUGUUGGCAGAGAUAGCAUUUCCGGGCGCCUUUUCCCUCCUUCUUUCCCCCUCACUGGGCUUUGAAACUGCGCGCGCGCGCUGUUCCGAUUUCCAUCGGCUCUGCCGGCGGGAAAGUUGGCUCUGGAAUGUCUGGAAUGCGGAACUCCUUCCAACGUUCCCCUUUCCCUUCCCGCCUCUCCAAUGCUCUCGCCUCCUGGCGCGCUCCUAUGGUCAGCGCUGAUUUGGUCAGCUGGUCCAUAGACUCCGCCCUGGGCGCCCGGGAAAGUUCGUCUUUCACAGCCGAAGAAAGCCCUUCUUCAAAGAGCAUUUGAAUGGGUUCCGCCGAUAAGUCCCACCCCAAUCUGUGAACCAGCAUGGUGAACUCAGUCCAGUACUCACGGACAGAUCGGCUCCCCUGUUUGCAAGCCAUUAACUGUCUGCGCACCACUCCCUGUUCAAUAUCGCUGGAAAACAUCAGAUCCAUGGCGCGAAAGAACUUCAUCGUGUCCUUUAGGACGUCACUAUUCGCUGCCAUCAGGGGUCUAACCCAGUCUCUCGCCCCCUUUUCAAGAUGCUCAAUCACGAAAGCCACUCGUGAUUCCUCGUCAGGGAAUUCAUCAAACUGCAGAUUGAGGGCAUAUUGCAUCUCUGUCCGAAAGCCAUGAUAGUCUUUGGGCUCCCCCCCAAACUUCUGCACCAAUCCUGGUACCUUUCUGGCGAGCUGGGUGGCUUUCCCUUUUGUCUGCAUCCUGAGCCCUCCUCUCCUCAAGCCUCGCCGUCUGCAUCGCUAGCUGGACCUCCAACACCCGGUACCUUUCUUCCAGGCUUGGACCCGCUCCAGCUCCUGCUUCUCCGGUUCCGGCUGGGUUGCUCAUGAUGCCUUCUUCUGCACAAGCUGCUUUCAAUGACUGUCGGAAUGCUGUGAUGGGAUGAUGAGCUGCUUGUGCGUAAAAUCGUAUCCCCUCAGAGUUUGUUCAAGUCCACAAACCUCUGUCUGUGACGGAGCCCCUCAGACAUGGCUCCUCUAGUCACUAGCAGAUUCCGACAGUGGUUGCUUUCGGAAUCGCUUCCAACAUAAAAGCUCCUUAACGGAAACACGUCUUCUGGACUCUCUGCGUGUCAGUUUCCGGCGAGGAGUGGGUGUCCCUACAGGAGGUCCUGAAACCUCCCCACUGUUUUCGCUGGAAGUGUCUCUGAGCCAUCCCUCCAGCUCACUUUCCCUCAGCUCAGCUCCUCUCCCCCUACUGGUUCCCUCUUCAGCUGCUGAGUCUCUCCCAACCUGUGUGAGCCCUUUCACCUCCCUUCCUUCCGAUGGCAGUUCCCUGACAAGUAUUUUGUCCUAACUGGGAGAAAAUAAAAUGGAGACUAUGCCUCAAUGAGCAUAUAUACACUAAAAACCUAAAUUUGUAUUUCCCGCUUCUUCUAGAUACAUAUUUUCAUAUUCUGUUUUUUCUCUCUCCAUACAGUUUCUGGCAUGAUUCAAAUAAAAUGCCUCUCAUUGGUUCUGCAAUACUUAAUGCAAAACACUUUCUCUUUAUCUCCUGCAUCCUUUAGAUUGAAUGCUCCAGUAUAUCUGACUACUCGGAAAAAAUUGUCAAGGCAAAUCACUUGGACCACAGUAAGACAUAUUUAAGGAAAUUAGUUGUGCCUAGUGUUUCUGAUGUAUUUACAUACCCAUGUUUGCAUUUUGGUUUAUGGAUUUAUUGUGAUUAAUUUUUUUAACACACACACAUACCUUUCUAAGGUAAAGGUAAAGGGACCCCUGACCAUUAGGUCCAGUCGUGGCCGACUCUGGGGUUGUGGCGCUCAUCUCGCUCUAUAGGCCGAGGAAGCGCCGCAGCGUACAGCUUCCGGGUCAUGUGGCCAGCAUGACUAAGCCGCUUCUGGCAAACCAGAGCAGCGCACGGAAAUGCCGUUUACCUUCCCGCCGGAGCGGUACCUAUUUAUUUACUUACACUUUGAUGUGCUUUGAACUGCUAGGUGGGCAGGAGCAGGGACUGAGCAACGGGAGCUCACCCCGUCGCGGGGAUUCGAACCGCCAACCUUCUGAUCGGCAAGGCUCUGUGGUUUAACCCACAGCACCACCCGCGUCCCUUUUUUUCUAGAUUACAGUCCUUCUAUAAAUAUUCACUAAAAAGAACCAGAGUAUUCACAUACAUGAAAACAUCUAAGAAAAAGGUAGAGUCCUGUUGGAUCAGACCAGUAAUUCAUCUAGUCCCAUGGUUGGGAAUCUCUGGCUUAUUAGGCCCAGCAGACUCCAAACCAUGCCCACCUGUCAUCAGGUGUGAGCAUCAUGCACAGGAGGACAAGUAAAAACAUACCACUAAAUUCAAAAGGAAGAAUUGGGAAUGUGCCCUAAGUGUGUGCCUAGUUCUUCCUUUGCAGCCGUGGGCUUACAGUCAUCCUCUAACAGCACCAGGUGUUUCAUAGGUGGGUGAUGUUGGUGAAAUUUGGAAACAUGGGUGAAAUUGCACUAACAGCUUGGUCUAAGUCUGGAACUUACCAUUGCUCUCCCAGGCCUUUGGCUAAUUUAACAAUAUAUAGCCUUUUUUAAUAGGGGAGGGGCAUUGUUUCUGUUUGCUACUAUGUUAGGGUUUUUUGUUUGUUUUUUUGUAAAUCAUUUCUUAUGUAUUUUAUUACAUUUUAUAUAUUUAUAUGUUGUUCUAAGAUCUGGGUAUGAUUUUCAUGAAUACCAGAUCAUAAAUUACCAAAAUAAACUGAUAAAACUUUGUUCGAUAAGAAGUAAACCUCAGGCACUUUCCAGAUCUUAAGGGUAUUUGUUGGCCACAAGACUCAGCUCAUAUCUGUAUCUGUCACUUUGGAAAGCAGCACAAGCUGCUCUGAGUUCCUCUCCUGAGUUCACGUUGUGUUUUGUGUCUAAAGCUGUUUUGCUGGAAAGUAAGUUGCACCAUUCACCAUUAUGGAGAAGGAAAAAAUUGCUCCGAUGUUUUCUGUCCUGACAGAAUUUGCAGUUGCAGAAGGCCCUGUAGAGUAGCUGCGAGGUUACAGGCAGAGUUUGGGGGCUGGAUGCCUGGAUUUGUUUAGAAAAAGGAAACCUUUUUUCAUUUUAUAUGAAAUCUGUUCUUUUUUGCUCCUUACAGUAAUCACAAUAUUUAAGGGUAAAGUAGAAGAAGUUGAAUUGCCUGUGGACAAAGUAGACAUCAUCGUCAGUGAAUGGAUGGGUUACUCACUUUUCUAUGAGUCCAUGCUUAACACUGUCAUCUUCGCUCGAGACAAGUGGCUGGUAGGUGCUUUGUAUAUCACACCUGUUGCUGGAAUGAAUGGCCAUUAGUUUGCCAGUCAUUGUCCUCCCCCCAUCAAUACCCCAUUAGCUUGUUGGAAUGGGAGUCAUUCUGAGACUCUCUAAAAGAUCUGCAAAGAGGGUGAAAUAAACAGAGAAAUAGAUCUGUUUGAUUUUUAGAAUCAAAGCUUCAUUUUGGAGUGACAUCCUGCAGUUCUCUAGCAGUGAUUCAUAUAACAACCUUGAGACUUAGUAACAUGAAGGAUUUCAAAGAAAGCAAAGGUGGGUGUUUUGGUAGGAGCAGUUCAAAAAUAUGAUGUCUUUAUCAAGUGACUAGAUUAUAAGAUCUAUUUCCCCAUAAUUAAUCAACAGAAACCUGGGGGGCUUAUGUUUCCAGACCGGGCUGCAUUGUAUGUGGUAGCAAUUGAAGACAGGCAGUACAAAGACUUCAAAAUCCACUGUAAGUAUGUAGAUAUUACAAUUCUUCUAUGCAUUUCAUACAAGCUGUUUGUUAGCUGAUAUUGCUGUGUAGAGGAUUAUUGUAUUCCUCCAUCAAGUUCAGCCUGUAUGCAAGUCCAAGGAGGUCAAGGCCUAACACGCACAACUGGACAAGGGCCACGCAUCCCUAUGGUAGGCCAAACAACUUCAAGAGACUUGCAUCACGCUCUGUCUGAAUGUGAGCAACUUUGCCCUCAAAGUGCCUUGUAACCUUGCCACAGCAGGUUCCUGAGGUCUCCAGACUCAAAACUCUGCUUUUGACUUCCAUUUUCAAAAAGCUUUGCUAUUACAUUUCUCCUCAUGUUUAACCAAAAUCUGCUUCUUAGAAACUUCCAACCUUUAGUCCUGCUGUCUGGAGCAAAAGAACAUCUGCUUCAUCUACUGUGUGACAGCCCUUUAGAUAUUUGAAAACAGCAGUUAUCCCUUAAUCUUCUCUUCCCUAGGCUAAACUUGCACGAAUUUCAAAUGUUUCCCUUUUAUUUGUACUGACCUUUGACCCUCUCCAUUUGUUUUGACAGGGUGGGAGAAUGUAUAUGGCUUUGAUAUGACCUGUAUCAGGGAUGUUGCCAUGAAGGAACCCUUAGUGGACAUUGUAGACCCAAAGCAGGUGGUGACCAAUGCCUGUUUAAUAAAGGUUUGGCGUUUCUAAAAGUAUAAAUUUAAAACAGUGUUACUUUAAAAAGAUUUCUGUGAUACUCUUCAGGGAUCCAGCACUUUGGUCUUUGUCCUUUCGCUCUGACUUUUCAUGCUGCUAAUCAGCUUCAAAUGUUGAUCCUUCUAUAUAAAAGCCACACGACGGUGUUCCAUUGUACUAUGGCACAGGCCAUAAAGCUGGUGGCUCUGCUUCAGUCCCCUCUGGUCAAAAGUUGCAGCUGGUAAAUGCCACUAACUCAUGGAAAGGAUAAUUACUAUGCAUGGUCUAGUCCAGGAAAAAUGGGUUAAGGGGAAGUUGUAAAUGUGCAUCCUGGAUGCCAGGUCCACCGCCCUUGGUGGUGGAGAGGGGCAGUGGCUGCCUCACGACAGCUUGCCAUUUCUGAAUGUCUAUAGCCAGCUUCCCCUUCAUUCUGGUGAGCCUUUGGCUUACUGGGGAGCUUAAUAUUAAUGUAUAUAAAGUCUUAAGAGAUGUUGCUAUAUUAGAGAUGCUCAUAAUUGAAUCCUUUGUACGUGUGAAGAAUUUUUAUGUAUUCGAAUUACUGUAGCUGUAUGUUAAUUGAAAACCAGUUUGUAGUGAUGAUAUAUUUUAGUCUGUUACCAACAGUAAUUUAUUUUAGCAUGUUUUUUCUUUUCUUUUGUAGAGAUUUGUAAUUAAUAGCAUUGCAAAAGCACCAGUGAGAAAUUUGUGGGUUUUACAGUUAUGGCGAAACAUCCACGUGCUGUUUCUGUCAUCCCACCCACUUGGGAACGGCAGGGGUCAGGAUGUGGUGUAGCUCAACACCCAAAAACACCACACUGUGAUGUACACACAGAUGUUGUCCAUGUACCUAGCUCCCAAGAGGGAACUCUGGUGUUGGAGAACUGUGGAGAAAGAGCAGUUUAUUACACAAGGGCACAAAAGGGGGACUUUGCAAGCAAUUUGCCUCUUGAUCACUCCUAAGAACUUGCUCACAUUGCUAAAACUCAAAAGUCUUUUUAUUUAACAUGCACUCUGCCUCAAUACUCAGGCACAAAGAGCCAAUAGCAACUUUCACUUCACUACACCAAGUCUUGAAGGAGCAUCUCCACCCCCAUCGUUCUACCACUGAGGUCCAGCUCUGAGGGCCUUCUGGCUGUCCCCUCACUGUGAGAAUCCAAGUUACAGGGAACCAGGCAGAGGGCCUUCUCGGCAGUGGCACCGCCCUGUGGAACGCCCUCCCACCAGAUGUCAAAGAGAACAACAACUACCAGACUUUUAGAAGACAUCUGAAGGCAGCCCUGUUUAGGGAAGCUUUUAAUGUUUGAUGCAUUACUGUAUUUUAAUAUUGUGUUUAAUAUUGGAAGCCGCCCAGAGUGGCUAGGGAAACCCAGCCAGAUGGGUGGGGUAUAAAUUAUUAUUAUUAUUAUUAUUAUUAUUAUUAUUAUUAUUAUUGAAUGCCAGGGCGCAGCAACCUACACUAGUAAGCAUGGGAAGAGAGGAACACUUGCUGUAAUGGAUCAUUGCUACAACUGUCCUCCCACCCGAAUGCCAUAUGGGAAUACUGUGUCUUUGCUCAAUAUUCUUCCUCCACAACAGUGGGAUGAAACUCAUCCCAUUAGCUGCAACAAAGAACCUACCCCACUCUGUUUCUUGACUUGCCAUUUGUGUGGUUUCUGUGACAAAAUUGUCACACUCGCUUUCUGUAAUUUUUUUGGGAUUCUUCUCAGAAGUGUGUGUGAAUACACACGAGUGCUGGACACACACACCUGUGGGGGGUUCAGACACAUGCUUUGCAACAGUCCUGGUGGAGGAAUAUAGGCAGCAAAGGUGGCUUGAGGCAUGUGUUGUUAACCUGGAAUGUGUUGUUUGUAACAUGUGGACAGCCUUGCCACUUGAAGAGUGCGUAAUGAGUUUUGUGUGUGUUCCCCUCCUCCUUUCUUUACCUCAGUAUGAUUAGAUAAGUAUGCAAUAUUAAUAGGCUAGCCCAAAAUUUCUUUUGAAAAUUAGAAGGUGUUCAUUGUGGGUGUUACUUUCCUCUGUCUGCUCUGCUUCUUUGCAGCGAGUUCAAAGGGGUUUUGCAAACCAUUGCCUGUUGUACCACUCCCUGCUGGAGGAUUCCCAGGAAGGGGAAGUUAUAGACCAGGCUCCUCCAACCUCGGCCCUCCAGAUGUUUUGAGACUAUAAUUCCUAUCGUCCCUGGUCCUGCUAGCUAGGGAUCAUGGGAGUUGUAGGCCAAAAACAUCUGGAGGGCCGAGGUUGAGGAAGCCUGUUAUAGACCUUUUGUAAGCAGUGGACCUAAUCGAGGGACCGUUGCAGCAACCCAGGGUGGCAGAGGAAGUUUUGGCAACAUUAGUUUGGACAGAGAAGGUGCCACUUCCCAGGCAGGUUCCAGUCGAGGACUCACAUCAGGGCAGAUGCAAGAGGUUGUGUUUGCAUGAGGGGUUUGGGCAAGGAAUGCAAGGGCAACUUCACCAGAGAUAUAACAGGCCGGAUACAGGUGAUCAUUCUAGUUAGACAAGCAGACUUGCUUACCUAGGUAAUAUAAACUGCCUAGCCCUGGUAUUUUAUAUUGAUGUUUUCUAUGGCUUCUCUCUUCUCCUUCUGCAACCCCCAACAAUACAGGAAGUGGAUAUUUAUACAGUGAAGACUGAGGACCUGGUGUUUACCUCUGCCUUUUGCCUCCAAAUUCAGCGCAAUGACUACAUUCACGCCUUGGUUACUUACUUUAAUAUAGAAUUUACAAAGUGCCACAAGAAAAUAGGGUUUUCUACAGGUAAGUUCUUUCUUUGGCUUCAUGUGGGUUCUGUCUCCAAUUACAGACAUCAGGGUCAGAAACGUGAUAACACUGAGUGGGGUUUUAAGGGAUAAAUUCUUGAGUUUAGAAAAUGAUCACAUUAGUAACAUAUUUUAAAACACAAUAAAAGGAAAGGAUUAUUGUGGUGUGCUUCUUAAUUAUUUUUGUAGGGAAGAUCAGGGCAAUUAACAAAUAUUUUAAUAACAUUAAGUGACAUUAAUGGCAUAGGAGUUAAAUAACAUUAGCUAAAAGACAAACUAUUAUGUAAAGAAAUUUACAAAUGUUACAUUGUUCACCAUGGAAUCACCCGACAAUAAUGCCAGUGUGAAGAUACUUUGUUAAAUCAUCUCCAUUUCAUUGGUGUAAAUAUAAACAAUAUUAGAUUGGUGGGGAAUUUCUUGCAUAUAAUCUGUCUCCUUUUCUAGCACCAGAUGCCCCUUACACCCACUGGAAGCAAACUGUCUUCUACCUGGAGGACUACCUAACUGUAAGAAGGGGUGAAGAACUCUACGGAAGUAUAUCCAUAAAGCCAAAUGAAAAAAAUGUGGUAAGUUGGGUUCACGUAACUGAAUUUAGAUGAUCAGCUUAGGAACCUAUGGGUGUCUGGGACAGGUAUUUCUGAAACAUUUGUUCAUGGACAUUUGUUGAAAAGUACCUGAAACUGCCUCAGGACGCAAUCAUUUUUGAUUGUCUGAUUUGACUUUUGACACUUUAGUAGAUCAUAUUUUAAAAAUGGAUCUGAUUUUUUUCAACAUCCAAUCAGGUUUCAAGAUUUGUCAGUUGUUCUGGUUAACCAAAAACCACCAUGUUACAAAGCUAUUAUUUCACAGUGCAAUCCUUCUCCAAAAGCAGGCCCCAUUAAGUUCAGUGGAGAACGUAGAAGUAUUGGAAUAAUUGCUCUACCUCAACUCUGAUCACAUGGCCACCUCUUCCUCCUGCAAUGGCUGCCGGCAGCUGCAACCUCUCCCUUCAGAUCCAUUCCAACAGAAAAAGAGGGGGGAAGAAAAGAAUUGGCAGAUGUAAACACAGAUACAUGCGAGGUCAGAAUGGCAGAAUGCAGAAUUAUGGAGCUGCCUUUCCCUGCCUUGCCACUCCUGCCACCACCAUACUUGUUGCUGCUUCUCUGCCCGCCCUGCCGCUUCCGCACUUUUGGGGGGUGAGAUCUUGCACACAAUCUUGCGUGGCUUCAGCCCAAAUCAUCACUGCUACCAGUGGUGCAUCUGUGCCUGCAGAGCUCUUGCCUUGGGGCUUCUGCUGCCUAAGGCAGCUGCCUCAGUAUGCCUAAUGGCCGAGCUGGCCCUAAUUAUGUAGAAAUGCUCUUUGUGCUCCUUACUUCCAGAAGCAAAAUACCUUCUGAGUUACCAGGGUAGAGGCUUCUCCAUGAUGCCCCCCACCCCAAUCUGCCACAUGCUCUCCCGUAAAAGACACAACACCAACAUCCUUAACAUUUUGGCACCAGCUUAAGACUUAUUUAUUUGCCCAUACAUUUUAUGUUUUUUAAUUAAACAUUUUAUUGUUCAAACCCAUAGGCCACCACGAUUCAAGAUAAAAUACAUGUGAAAAUACAGUUCAGUUUAGCAUAUUCCAUCAAUCAAGACACGAAGUAAAGGGACACUGACCAUAUAAAUUUGUGCCUAGAUCAGGCAUGUCCAAAGUCCAUUUCAGGGGCCUAAUCCAGCCCACCAGUCAACAACUUUGGGGUAAAAUCAUAGAAAAGCUCAACAACUAUCAAAUCUGGCCCUCUUUGAAAAAAGUUUGGACACCACUGGCCUAGAUACUACAAGCAUCCCAUUCACUCCACUAAGUUUUUUUUAUGUCUGGCUCUUAAUUUUCUAGCAGACAGAACACAUUUUGCAAUCUGGAUGGUAAUAGAAAUGUCACUCUUUUCUAGCAAUGUACUUAUAUGUUCCAGCGGCGUAUCUGUUUGACAGGAGGCAGAGGACAUGGGUGCAAAAUUUAUACCUUGGGGACUCAAACAAGGAGCAGUGAGAUAUCCUCAACUUCACUGGACUCACAAAUACAACUUCCUACAGAGUACAUACACCAAAGCCAUAAAACUGAUUUUCUCAAAGGAGCUGUAGUAAAGUAUUGCUCCAAACCAAAUGCCAUUUUAUAUAAAGGGCAGCAAAUAGGAUAACGAUUAUUACAUUUAUCUGAUUGAAUAAAUGUCUUAUCAUUUAGAAUAAACAUUUAUUCCUUCUUUGAAAAACUGUUUAACUUUGGUAGAAGAGAAAGUGGAUUAACUUCCAUAUUAAUCCCAUAAGCAUACAGGGUGGUUCAAACAGAGUUUACCCAAGAGUUUGGGGCUGAAGUCUGGAGUUGUUCUUGAAAGUGUUGGGGGGCAGGGGGAGCAGGCGAGAACCAUUCACACAUACCAACUUCAGCCAGUGCAAAGCAAGUAUAACACGAGCAAAAGUUUCUAUAGAAAGCAAUCCUGUUUCUGCCUUUAAAAGAGGUGCAGAGGUGCCUUGAGGAACAGCUAAUUUCAUAAUUCCAUGAAAGAAUUCUGCACCACCUCCAAAACAGAAACAUUCGUCUACCCCAAUACUUCUGUACCUUACAUUAGUUGUGAGAUAAUAUUUGUUUGAUGGUGUAUCUUAGUAUGUACUGUUCAUUGUGUGAUUUGGUCAGCUGCUUUUAUAUUAAGUUACGUUCCCACGCUAUGUUAUUUAUAGAUCAUGGGGGCGUAAAUAUUUUCAUAACUCUGCAUAAAUUGUUCCUGCUAAGUACUUGAAGGAUGGAAGUGGGGGAGCACAAGCUGAGUCACAUGCUGAAGACCCCCAGAUAUGUUUCCCUGUAUUCAGAAAAGGGCUAGGAUUUUGUUUUUUGUCUUUGUUUUUUGGCUAAGUCACCUACUGAAUUUAAGAAAGGAGGAAGCUUUGAAGCAGAACCUUCCAAAUGCUAAGAUAUAGUCCUAUGCCACACAAAAAUUAUUCUUAAUCUGCAUUACAGCGUGACUUGGAUUUCACAGUAGAUUUGGAUUUCAAAGGGCAGCUCUGUGAAAUUUCUGUAUCUAAUUCCUAUAAAAUGCGCUAAUAAGCAACUGUCUUCACAAGAGAAGAAGAGAGCAGCAAUUCCUGGUCUGGUCUGCACAUCUCAAGCUGGGAACAAUCGCUUCCAGAUUUUCAAACUACCUGAACUGAAUAGCUGAAAAGUCCUUACAGCACAAAGCACCGGCUGUGGAUCGCUAACAUGAAUGUAUGAAUAUAGUUUCUGUCUAGACUACAGUAAACAACCCUCUUUGUCAAAACAAACAGAACCCACAGCCCACUAGUCGUAUAACUUACUAUGAGUAAGAUUCUUCCAAGCUUUGCAUGCUAUAUGUAUUUUUUCUUACUGAAAAGAUAUUUUAUGACAUUGUUGUGCAUAGAUGACAGAGUUAUAUUAAUAAAGUAUAGAACAUUAGUCUCUGAAUUGGAUUUGUUUCCGUUCCAGCUAGCUGAGAAAACUUUGAAAUUGCAAUCCUGAACACACAUUCUGCUGGAACCAGCAGGAUAGACAUGGGCAAAAUCUUUUAAUGAAGCGAGCAAUCUUUCUUACCUGUUUACUGUACUUUCUGAAAAAUGCUUGAACUUGUUAGUACAAGCUAGGAGUUGAUUUAAAACAAAUAAGCACCAUUAUUUUAUGAAUACAGUGUUUGUUCUAUUUCUCUGUCUGUAAAAGUGGGUUUUGGUUCCUGGUUCAACUGCAGCAGUGGCAACGCGGGACGUUGGAAAUGUCGUUUCCAUUGUGAUGAGUUGUAUGGAACCGUCCCAAAACAUGCAGACUGAAGCUUUAUGAAAUGGUGUGUUCCUUUCUUGCUGU